GUGCAAACCAUUAUGCAAUGUUAGCAUACAAAAAGCCUCACUGUGCAAUUCCCUCCUCUCCUUUCCCUUUAUACCAAUUCCUCUGUCAUUUACCUUUUUCAUCUUUCUCAAUUUGGUGCAGACAAGCUAUUUGUGUUAAGUGCUCUGAGAAGAAAAAAAACCCUCACGCGCUGUAUUUUAAGAAUAUAAACUAGCUAUGAGUGAACCUCUAAAUUCUGAGACAGAAAGUAGCGCCAACUCAUUCCCGUCAUCACCACCAUCACCCUCAUCCGGCGGGUCCAAUCAAUCAUCAAAAACCCAACAUGUAGAGGACCCGAAAAAGAUCAAAAGAAUCCGGGACUCGAGCAAGCACCCGGUGUACCGUGGGGUCCGAAUGAGAAAUUGGGGAAAGUGGGUCUCCGAGAUUCGGGAGCCACGCAAGAAGUCGCGCAUUUGGUUAGGUACCUUCCCUACUCCAGAGAUGGCCGCGAGAGCGCAUGAUGUGGCCGCUUUAAGCAUAAAGGGUAACUCAGCGAUUCUUAAUUUCCCUAAACUUGUUGACUCGCUGCCUCGCCCGGCUUCACUCGCUCCCAGGGACAUUCAGGCUGCGGCUUCAAAGGCGGCACAAAUGGACGAAUUCGUGGUAUCUCCCUCGCCUUCCUCGUCGCGUUCAUCUUCUCUGUCGUCAAUGGUUUCGGCACUUGAUUUGUCACCUGGGUCAGAUGAAUUAAGCGAGAUUGUCAAAUUGCCGCGGCUGGGGACGAGUUAUGAUGACCCGGACGAGUUGAGGAGCGAUUUGGUCUAUAUGGAUACGGUGGAGGGGUGGUGGUAUCCUUCUCCACCGUGGUUGCAGAGUGUGGAGAAUUGUGAGCAUGUUUGUGAUCAGUCAGCGCUAGUGCCAGAGAGUUUUUUACAGUACAGCUUUGACCAAGGUUUGUUGUGGGAUUUUUAGUGCGUGAGGUUUGUGAACGAACGUGUGUUUAAAAUCUUCUUCUCCUCCUCCUCCUUUGGAUGAAGGAAGUUGUAUUUGAAAGAUUUUAGCCUUUACGUUGUGAAUUAAGGGCUAAUUCUUCAUUUUUUUUUGUUGUCUUUGUUCCAAUCUCUGUACGUGUCUGUUUGUGUUUGUACAUUGUGACCAUGUAACGUCUUGAAUGAAGUAUGAAUCUAACUCUCUACAGUGUACGUA